GAAUUGGGGAGGGUUUAAAGCCACUCAAUAGUGUGCAGACGCGGGCACUCCCACGCAGUGUGUGUGGCGUUCAUUGGUCCAUUGGGCAUCAUCAUGUUCAGCACCACGCAGAAUGAACAGCGACACGCAGGAUGCACCAGGAUGGUUCAGGACGCUGGGCUGUACCUAAUGGACCACCGGUGUUUGGCAAAUGUGUACAGUCGGAAGAUGGUUGUGGAUUGAGAUUAGUGGACUGUUCACCGAGUGGCCUGGAUCGUAAAACCACCUCUCAGGUUACAAGCAGCAGCCUCUGAUGUGCUCUUCUGCCGCAUCGACAAGCACCGACGCCCGACCUGCAGGUCCCCAUGCCGUCGCCCCGGUGCCUCCUUCGCCUCUUGUGACAUGACAGCUCCGGGAAGAAAGAGGAAGUCACGGGGUAGGAUUGGAUCAACCAGGGACAGAACUUGACUGGUCCACACAGGGACCCACCUGCGGCCCCCUCAGACUGAAGACUGGCUGGUGGCUUUGAGAGUGUGGUGAUCACCCACCUUCUCUUCCACCCCCACCGGAUGCCCGGACCUCGUCGCGCCGCAGCAGGUCUACUCCCAGUCCGCGGUGCAUCUGCAAAUCUCCCGGCCGGUCUUCAGGCAGCUCCUCACCGUCAUGGGCUGCAUCCAGAGCAUCGCCUGCAACAAGUCGCGCAUCCGGAGGGAGAACAUCGCGGUGUGCGAGCUGGCGGCCACCAUCGACCACUGCCCCACGGCCAUAGAGGAGGAGUCGCCCAUUGUGCUUCGCUACAAGACCCCCUAUUUCAAAGCAUCGGCGCGGGUCGUCAUGCCGCCCAUUCCGCGCAACGAGACGUGGGUGGUGGGCUGGAUCCAGGCGUGCACCCAGAUGGAGUUCUACAACACCUAUGGAAACAUUGGCAUGUCAAGCUGGGAGCUACCUCAGCUGCGAGAAGGCCUGGUGAGGGCCAUCAGCGACUCAGAUGGUGUCAGCUACCCCUGGUACGGUAACACCACCGAGACAGUCACCAUCGUGGGCCCCACCUCCAAGCCGUCCCGCUUCACCGUUAGUAUGAACGACAACUUCUACCCGAGCGUCACCUGGGCCGUGCCGGUGAGCGAAUCCAACACUCCUUUGCUGACCAACAUCAAGCGAGAUCAGAGUUUCACCACCUGGCUGGUGGCCCUCAACGCCGCCUCCAGGGAGAAGAUCUUGCUGCACACAAUCAAGUGGAGGAUGAGGGUGGACAUCGCCGUGGAGCCCUCUCGGCCUCUGGGCUACAGGGCCAGGCUGGUGGGCCGGCUGCACCAGGAACAGCCGCGGGUGUUGAGCCACAUGGAGCAGAUCCCGACCAACGCCAUGGGGAGGCCCAACGCUAAUGACGCACAGGUUCUAAUGUGGAGGCCCAGGAGAGGUCCUCCACUUGUAGUCAUACCACCCAAGUAGAGUUCAUACUGUUGGCACAACAUCACAGUUACAGCCUUUCUCCACUUAUCAUCCUGAGGGGGAGGGGACAACCGCCUUAAUUCCCUACCGCUGCCUUCGAUCAUCCAGAAAGUCUCUUGGCACAGCACAACUGAGCAAACAAACUCAAAAUAGAUGGACUGUAGCUACCACGGCUCAGAAAACAAACUAAAUAUUAAUAAAGACAAUGAAACUGCAGCCUUAAGAUACUUACCUAACACUGGGGCUGCUGAUGGCGUUCACUGAGAGCCAUGCCGUGAUGUAGAAGUCACCGCUGUAUCAAUCAAAAUGUGGCGGCACAGUGCAUUUUUAAAUGCGUGAAGAUAUGCGUGUUUGUACGUUUUCUAUAAUGGGUCCAGAUUGCUGCUGAUUUGUUACACGAGACUGCCUCAACCUACACUUAUGUUUACAUAUUAUCAUAAGAAAUUUGAGGAUUGUUUUCACCUGUAUUUCAUUUUUAUGUGACAAUCUUCAUUUAAUGGAGACACACUUUUGAAUAACGAACAAAAAAACCCCCAUCAGAUUAAACCUUAAAAAGGUCCCCUGGUGCAAAAUGGGCUUUUAAAAAAAAUAGUUAAAAAGAGUAAUGUGUCCCUUGAGCCUCUUCAUGAACACCAUACAUGAGAAAAAUCUGAUUUCGCUCACUUGUUUGCUACAGUUUUGAGGAAAAAGGCACUUCAAUGGUCACUCCUCAUGGACAUGAUACAACUUCUGACCUAGUCCUAGCUAGAUGUGCACACCCCGUGUAUAAACCCACUACUUCAGGCUUCACUACACAUCUUAAAAUAAAGCCUAGUUUACUUUUACUCCUGUUUAUUUACUAAAACAUGUUUUAAUUUUAGUCAUACUAUAAACGAAGUUGUCCUUUGUUUAUAGUGGUUUAUUGGUUCCACACCCGACCGCGACAAAUGAAUUUCCGCGAUAUAGGAGUCAAUGUUAAUAGAAUAUUUUCAUAGUUAAAGCAUAGAAAAUCUGUUUAUCACUUUCUAAAUACAAUUUUUAACAUCAUUAGGGCCCUAUAGACAUGAAAUAACACCCAUAUAGUCACCUUUACACUCCUAUUCUUUCUUUACAACACACUGCUCAACUCUUAUGAUGCAGGGACUCCACAGACAGCCGAUAGCUAGCGAGCUAACAGGCUAGCGAGCUAACCAGCUAGCCUAAAUUUCUUCAAAACUCAAGAAGCCAAAAACCGACCACUUCUCUUACCACUUCCACGUGAAAUGGGAGGAGAACCUUCACUCUAUCAUGUUGACAUGCCAUGGCCGACUUCAUGCAGUGUUAAGGUCAUGACUCAACGUUUUGUGUCAUUACUACCGCCUAGUGACCAGAAUACUUCAUAUCGCUUGUAUUUUAAUAUGUUUUGACUAAUCUACCACAAAACAGCGAUCAUUUAUCAAUUAAUUUCUGAAAAAAUAUGAUAUAGUGAGGGAGCAAUAAUGAAACUGCGAUAUUGUGAGGGAUGAGUGUACUGUAACUUUUGUCCACUAAAAUGACAGUAAAUUGAAUCAGCUAAAAUAUAAAGUCUGAAGAAUAAGGCAUCUUUAAAGUUUCCUUGAAACCACCUUUAGACUACCUGCAAAGCAUCUCAAAUACAUAAAAUUCACAGAAAAAAAGUACUGUAGAUCUGCUGUCAAUGAAUAUAUCAAUAAGUUAAGAAUUUCACCCUAGCCUUAGUGUUAUAUUUUACCUGAAAUUAAAAAAUAGAAAUAAUAAGACACAUAUGAUAAUAUGGCUACUGUACGAAGUAAUAAAUCAACUCUGCAUAACGCACUCGGCAUCUAUAAUGCAACUGACAUAUGGAAAUAAUACAUGAUUGUGAAAAUUGUCACUUCUCUUCGCUUCACUUGUCAGGACGACUUCAAGUUAGUUGGGUUUUUAGCGGUGAUAAAUCACUCCACAUGGUUUACACUGUGUCGUGUUCUCCAUAGUAUCAAACGUGACAUGUCAGUAUGUCCGGUCUUCUCUUUCUUCCAGGCGUAGACAUGAUGCAGCAUGUAACUUGUUACAAUAUUUCAGCAUAAAGCAUAAAGUAAUACUCCCAACAGCCCUACCUCACAAAGACAGUAGCUCUGAUUGGAUCUCAUCCCCCACCGGGCCCGCGCCCUCUCCCACACGCAGCUAAAAUAGCUGUGGCUGGAUAUAUUCCCAAUGCAAUCCUAAAUCUCACCCACCUGUCUACAAGAUUUCAUUUCUGUUCACAUUUUCAUCCCGUUUUUUUUUUUCCAUUGACAAAACUGUCAGUUCAUUUUAUCAUAGUUUUUUGUCAAAGUGCCUUUGUUUUGAUUCAUUAUCAUCUGGGGUUUUUUUGUCAGGGAAAAAGAGCCGUUGACGAAAACUAUGACAAAAAUGAUUCUGUAUCCGUCUAGUUUGAUCAUUUUGUUUCUCCUCAGCAUGAUGAUGCUAUUGAAAUGUGAGCGUAAAGUUAGCACUGUAACUCACGGACUGUAGCUAUGCUACUGUUGCUAACAUGUGUGCCCUCCUGUUUCACUCCUUAAUGAUAUGUUGGCUUAAAGAUGUAUGUAGAUAAAGUGCACAAUAGCACUUCUUGGAGCCACACACUCGUGCACAAACACAGCACAUUAGCAUUAAAGCUGCAGACACACAAUAUGGCGUGGUCCCAGAAGGGCUACCUAAAAGCACUUUUAAACUCCAUCACGUCCAGCGUCAAGGCUACAUUUUGGACAAUAUACUUCCAAUACACUAUUUUUUAAAUUGGUGAAAAAUACUGGGACCUUUAAGUGAUGAGUAAUUGGGACAAAUGAGGACAAAAAAAGUCAUAAAAUGCUCACUUACAGCUACCUUGCUUCUCCCAACCCGUCUUUAGAAAGCUUAGACCUUCUCAUAUACACCUUAACAGGACUGUGUCGUUUUUUUGUGUUUUAUCUCAUCAAAACUGAGAGAUGGCAUGUAAGAGGACAAGACAAUGUAUGUUUACAAAUAGUAAUGUAUGAGGUCUGUGUGUUGUAUCACGACUGACAAAGAUUUGAUGUUUACACUGAGAAAAAUAUACCUCUCCACGUGCGACUGUGUUCUGAGGACCAUGGCACUAGCGUGUUAUUUACAUGGGGGGAAAAAAAGAUGGAUUAUAAGCCCCUUAUCUAUAUAGAUCUAGAAAAAAUGCUACAUUUUAGAAAUGAUUGGUUGGGUUUUGUUUGAAUCAGUAGAAAAAAUGUGUCGUAUAAUUUUGCUGGAGGGGGCAUUAACUUACUCAACUGCAGAGCGUACUAGUCAUUUAUUAGUAGUAAGGCGUUUAUUAGAGAGGAAAGACCUUUAUUUGUCUUGUCUUUGUUUUUUUUAUUUAGAAUUUUUGCCACAAACAAACAUUACGACUAAUCAACAAUACAUACAACAAUAUGAUAUGCAUUAUAAUACACUAUAUUAUUUGGUUCUGUUCAUCCCGCACGCAAUAAAUCGGCAACUUUUUUUCCGCCUGCUCUAAUCAGUGGACAUACCAGAAUAUUCCUCUUCUCUACUUUUUCCCUCAAUUCCCUAAUUCUUUCCUGUUAUUAUUAUUAAUAAUUGGAGCCCCGUAUCUAUUUGAGGAAAUGGAAAUGAAGUAGGGUGAUUGUCAAUGAACAAAACCAAACAUAUUUAUAUAAUGUUGGUGAACUAAAAAGUGUUAGGUGAUUGUGAGCAAUUAUGAGCUUUUACAGGCCUGUAUUGUGAAAAUGUCAUUGAGCGAAAGAGCAGCUCUAUCUGCUGCAUUUCUGUAACCACGCCACUUGCUACGAGUCUAUAAUAAGCCUUCACGCUCCCAUACACUGUUGACAACCUCGCCAAGCAGAGGUGUGGACCUUAAUUGUAGCUGUGACACUGGAGCCAUUUAUGAGGCGUUUGAGCCCCCCCCCGCUGACAAUCAUGGGAAACAUCCAGACUUUUAACAUAGCAGGAGCAUGUAUUUAGCGAGGGAAACAUUUCUACUUGAGUCUGCCAUUAGUGUGUAUCAGGGCCGUUAGUGUCUUUCCCAGUUACAGAUGUGCCUAAGGACUGCAAGGCAGAGGCUGUUUUACAAGGAGGCAGACCCCGUUUAAAAAGUGAAUGGUACAAAAGGGGGUACACUCGUGUAGCGUUCCAUCGUGUUACAUGUGGAAGGACAACAAACAAGUUCUUCUCAAGCAUUUGCAUGCAGUGUUUUUAAUUCAUUAAAACAAAUGCCUACAUUUAUUUUAAGUGUGAAUUAAUUCCUUCAAUUGUGUUUUUUUCCUUAUAGUAAGAGGGUGAAAAUUAUGUUUUUAGGGAAAAAUAUAUGGAAGAUAAGAUACAAGCAGCACAACAUUCAGAAAGAUUUUUGGUUCACUUUAUAAAAAUAUUCUCUUAGUAGUGAUUUCAUUGACAAUGUAACCAUACCCGCUUUUUUAGCAAACAAACAAAAAACAAAGUUGUUUCCGAAGAAGAAUAACAGUCAAAAAAAAAUCAUACAAUUCAACUCAAAUCUCUGAUCGGCAACAAAAAGCCAGUGAAUUUCAGAUGUAGCUGGACUACAUAGUUACAUUUUACUAUUUUGUCCCCUUUAACAGAAAUAAAAGAUCUGAUCAGUGCCUGUUUCAGGUAUAGUAUAGUCAUUAAGGUAUAGUCAUUAAUGCUAUACCUUAAAUGUGCCAUUAUUUACAUCAAAUGUGACAUUGUACAUUUUAAUUAACCCCUUAGAAUUCCGGGAUUUUUUUUGUGCUAAAUUGCCGAAAAAAAAAAAAGUCACACCCAAAGUAAGUGUAAAAAAGUCUUUGAACUAUUUGAAGUCAUGUUUUGAGCUCUGUUGAAAGGCAACAAGCAGAAUUUUAUCCUUUUAGAUUCACCUAUAUCAGUGGUCCCCAACCCCCGGGCCGCGACCCGGUACCGGGCAUUUCCAUUAUUUCAUUUUUGUUAUGUUUUAUUUUGAGGAGUGGCCGGAUUCUCUCUGUUACAUCCGUCUGAUUUGACGCAUGUCCAUUGUGCGUGUGCUAACUUUAUCUCAUGCCGCACAGAUAGACUACUACUGUAUUUUUACCAUUUUUCUUUCACCUCAUAUUUGGUCUCAAAUGCUGAUACUAUGUGGGAAUGCAUAAAGGUAAGUUUUGAUGACUUAUUGAGUGCUAAUGUGCACAUUUGUCUCAAGUUAAUUCAUGCUAGCGCACUGCCUUUUACCACACACGUCAAACAGCGAUGUAAUAAUCUCUCUGGAAAAACUUGGCUGGAACUUGAACUGGUGGAUGGCAUUCAUUUUGUUCUUUUAAUUUGAUGUUAUUCAUGUCUUAGUUUUACACAAUACAUAAGAAAUAAGAUAAAUUAGAUCGCUAUAAUGUAUGACACCCCAUCCCCCCUCCCGCCCGGUCCGUUGGAGAUUUGUGGGAACACAAGCCGGUCCGUGGUUCAAAAAAGGUUGGGGACCACUGGCCUAUAUAUAUAUAGCGAGUAAUCUUUCGUUUAUUGUGGUUAAUUGGUUCCAGGCCCGACCGUGAUAAGUGAAUUUCUGCAAAGUGGGAUCCCUUCUUUGUAAAUUGAAUAUUUUCAUAGUUAGAGCAUAGAAAACCUGUUUACCAUCUUCUAAAUGUUUAACAUUAUUAGAACACUUUAGACAUUAAAUAACACCCAUAUAGGCACCUUUACAUUCUUAUUACCCAAAAUAGCAUAUAUAAUGAAAGAAAAAGCCCCCCCCCCCCAAAAAAAAGCCAAAUAGAAUUCAUGUGUGUCGCACUAAAUGCGUUCCGGUGCUAGUAGGGGAGAAGAAUGUGUAGCGGUGGGUUAUUGCCGCAACAGUAGCCCGUGUUAUUAUUAUGAUUAUUAUUAUGUUAUUAUUAUUGUGCCUGUUGUGAGAUCAUUUAAACCUGCAAUAAAAGCCUGUUCUUCUGGCAAUGAAGUCUGGUGCUGGUCUCACCAAACACUUACUGACACCUAGUGACUAAUUUUGAAUACUGCACUCACAAUUUGAAUGUAUUCUUAAUGGUUUAUAUUUGUAUUUUAGUGCAUUUAGCCAAUUUUAUGCUUGAAAAUGCUUAAUUUAGGCAAAAGAUACGUACAAUUUGCUUCAAUAUGUAUUAUAUAUGGAUU